AUGUCAAAAUCAAAAUUAUAUUAAAUGUGUGAAUAAAACGUGAUUGAAAAAUGAUUCGUGCCAAGAAAUGCUGCUGCUGUUUAUCACUGCAAACGGGAUGCAUUCUUUUUGCCAUUUUUGAACUGUUCUGUGCUGGAAUGAACUUAGACUACAUCUUUAAUCUAUUAAAUAAUACGGCUUCCCAUGAGGCAGAAUAUACCUUUCCAGCUGAAGUAACGCUAACAAUUUUGCAAGUAGUGCCAGAUGUGUUAACAGUCGUGGCUUCCUUUGUCUUGCUGGCUGCCCUUAUAUCGCAAUGUCUGCCUCUGUUCUGGGGGCCUUUGUUUCUGCAAGUGGUCCAGGCCUCGUAUCUAGUGAUUUUCAGUAUAAUUUCAUCUGCGAUGGGCAAAAAUUUGAUUGUUAACCAAAGCGUCUGGCAUAAUGUGACCUUUUGGUUGUACGUAGUCAUUUGGCUGGGUAUGACAUUGUAUUUGAUGUACAUCACCUACUCUUAUUACCGGGAACUAAAGGAUGAGUUAAGCCCAAACAGAAACGUUGUGCAAUGAUUGGAAAUGUAGUCUUUUAUAGGCUAAUUUUCAG